GGCUCUCGAAAUCUGGCGACGCCGUCAGUAGGUUUUUGAACGCCGCUGAGAGCAGCUGCCCACUUUCGAGUCUCGAGAUACGGAUACGUUAGCUUCGUUGCAGCAGCACAUCAACACCAACAGCAACCAUCAACAUGGCGGUCUUUGGCAUGGUCUCGGCCGUGUCCGGCUUCGUUAAGAUCCGCUAUCUGCUGGACAAGGCGGUCAUCGACAACAUGGUGUUCCGCUGCCACUACAGGAUCACGACCGCCAUUCUGUUCACCUGUUGCAUCAUCGUCACCGCGAACAAUCUGAUCGGCGAUCCCAUCAGUUGCAUCAACGACGGCUCCAUUCCGAUGCACGUGAUCAACACGUUCUGCUGGAUCACCUACACGUUCACGAUACCUGGCCAGCAGCACCGCCAGAUCGGGACGGACGUGGCUGCUCCGGGCCUGGGCAACGAGUACGGCCAAGAGAAGCGCUACCACAGCUACUACCAAUGGGUGCCCUUCGUGCUCUUCUUCCAGGGUCUCAUGUUCUAUGUGCCCCACUGGGUCUGGAAGAACAUGGAGGACGGCAAGAUCCGCAUGAUCACCGAUGGGCUGCGCGGCAUGGUCAGUGUGCCGGACGACUAUCGGCGGGAUCGCCAGGACCGGAUCCUCAAGUACUUCGUGAGCAGCCUGAACACCCACAACGGCUACUCGUUCGCCUACUUCUUCUGCGAGCUGCUGAACUUCGUCAAUGUGAUUGUGAACAUCUUCAUGGUGGAUAAGUUCCUGGGCGGUGCUUUCAUGUCCUACGGAACGGACGUGGUCAAGUUUUCGAACAUGGACCAGGACAAGCGCUACGAUCCCAUGAUCGAGAUCUUCCCGCGACUGACCAAGUGCACCUUCCACAAGUUCGGUCCCAGUGGAUCGAUCCAGAAGCACGACACGCUCUGUGUGCUCGCUCUGAAUAUUUUGAACGAGAAGAUCUACAUUUUCCUAUGGUUCUGGUUUAUUAUUUUGGCCACCAUCUCGGGAGUGGCUGUGCUGUAUUCGCUGGUGGUUAUCAUGAUGCCCACCACCCGGGAGACCAUCAUCAAGCGGUCCUAUCGCUCAGGACAGCGCAAGGAGAUCGCCGGAUUGGUCAGGCGUUUGGAGAUUGGUGACUUCCUCAUCUUGCACUUCCUCAGCCAGAACCUCAGCACAAGGUCGUACAGCGACAUGCUGCAGCAGCUCUGCAGCCUGCUCGGAGCCUCCCGAACCCCCUCGGCCCCCUCGACCCUCGAGAUGAACCCCAUCAGCCACCCGAUCUACCCACCGGUGGAGAGCUUCGGCGGCGGCAAGGAGACGGAGACAUGAGCCCACCGCUCCGGCUGGCUUCCAAAACAAUGAUUUCAAUGAUUUCUCAAUAAUAUUCGUAGGGGAGGUAGGGAGGUGAGGAGAGGAGUGGAGAGAGGAGUGGAGAGAGUUGUGUGUCAUGAGUUUAGGCAUUUCCAUUUGUAAGCGCAGGACUGCAGGAGGACGAAUCACGAAUCAGCGGAGAUCCAGCUCUGUAUGUUCUAUGCGAAAUAUAUAUCUAGCGAAAUUGUAAGGAAGUAAUCUUUGAAUUGAAUCCCAGGAGAGCAGGUGCAGUUCGUCGGUGACACGAGUGCAGUACAGAGUGAGUGCCACAGAGUGAGAAUGAGUUGGGGAUACCCCAUUGAGGAGAGGGGAAACUAUAAAGAGGGACACAGGAAGACCGUGCAAUUUGUAGGUUGAGGAUUUGAAGGUUGGAGGAUGGAGUAUGGAGUAUGAAGGAUCCCAUUUGCGAUUUGGCUACUGGGUAUCGUAGGUGGGUCGAUGACAAUGAUGCGCCAUUUAAAUAUACACUUAAGUUUAACAGUUAGUUCGGAUGACCGAUCCGAUCCGAUCCGGGAAGAAAACCUAUGCAGCUAUAUCUGCUUAUCGCUCACGCACGCUCACGAAACGUUGAUCUAUAUAAAAUUGUAGUAAUCGAAUGAUACGAGUACGACGAGGAUAUAAUUACGAAUAUUUAAUCGAGUAUACGUAUACACGAUGCUCUCGCUAUUUUUGUCCUAACAUUUAGUCUACAGAUAUAUCGUAAUUUUAAGGAAUUUUGUUUAUAACAAAAUUAUUGUGAUUAUUGCUAGAAAAGAACACAUUUUACAUAAAGCAAAAGAGAACCCAAGCUAUCUAAGUUCAAAGUUGUAAUAAAUAUUCUAUAUACAAUUUCAGCUAAA